AGAGAGCCUAUUUUUUUAGGCCUUCUGAUACUCCACCUGCGAAUGCUUCCCUUCGUGGCCAGGAAACAUAAGCCAUACCCUCUCCGCCCAGCUUCGGUUUGCAGCUCGUGUAACAGGGAGGAUACGCCAACCAGAAUCCACUCCCGAAGAAACUGAACAGGCAUUUUGUCUUACGAUCGUUCAUCCAUUCUCAUGUUUAAUCAUUGCAAGAAUGAGCAACUAGUGGAGAUAGGCCUCUCACAAUUGGGCCUCGCAACUCUGUACAAGGCAUUCAAAGCGAAGCUGGCUUCCCGCGAGGCUGCGCGCCAACGUCUGUUGACAGCGACGUGGGAGCUUGAAGAGGCCGAGCGUUACACAGCAUUCCUUGAAGCAUCCCGUGUCGAGAGCAAACAGCUCCUGGGGGUAGAAGAUGCAAAGUUGGAGAAAAUGAAAGAAUGGUUUGCUUCCCGGCGUAACCUGACCGAAGUCGCAGACGACACCAACUACACUCAAGCCAUCUAUGAUAACGAAUGCGAGAUCCUCCGAUCUCUCUCUACUCAAGCAAAACAAGUCUCGAAGAUCUUGGGGAAACGUUCUGAUGAUAUUUUCUCGACAUCCACAGGUGAAUCUACCAGCAAAUCACCCUUGAAUGUAGCUAUGGUCGUAGAAGACGAGGAUGACUCGGAUGAUUUCUCGGACCUCGAGGCCUGAUAAGAUCUCCAAACGUGUAGAUUGCCCUGUUCCAUUAAUUUAUUUUUUUCGUUUUGUACGUGUUAUUGCUCGCAUUCUAGAAUAAAAGUAUUCGCUACAUCGAGUCAUGACUUGCUUUUUUUCCCUUCCGCCCACCACCAUCAUUUCUGACUUGCUCGUUUUCCUCUGCUUACCGGCGGUCUUAAUCUCUCGGGCCUAUCGGCCAACGAACAGCUAGGCUGUUUGUUCCCUGAACUCUCGGGGACCAUAACCAACCCUAGGUGCAGCGGCGCACUAGUACUAAAUGGUUGUCUUCCGAAUC